AUGGUAGACAUGACUUUUCAUUUCAAGGUAAGAUGCGUCUUUAGAUGUAGUAACACCAGAUUGGGUGUUCUAAUGCAAUCUGACACUAUUUCCUUAAAUGUAUUUUUUCUUUCCAUCAUCUGCAGCAUUCCCCAUGUUCUACUUUGCAACAUAACCCAGAGGGUGUCAUUCUGGUUUGUGGUUACAGAUCCUUCAAAAAACCACACCCUUCCUGCUGUUGAGAUACAGUCAGCCAUUAGAAUGAAUAGGAACUGGAUCAAGAGUGUCUUCUUUUUGAAAGACCAGACUCUGGAAUUUUCAAAAACUCCUUCCACUCUUGUAUCACCCACUGACCCAUCUGUGCCCAUCUGGAUUAUUGUAUUUGGGGUGAUAUUCUGCAUCAUCAUUGUUGCAGUCACGCUACUGGUUUUAUCAGGAAUCUGACAAUGUAGAAGUUAAGAUAUUGAAAGGAAGAACAAAGGACCAACUGAAGUGCAUGACACUGAAGAUAAGUGUGAAAACACGAUCACAAUUGAAAAUGGCAUGCCCUGCGAUUCCCUGGACAUGAAGGGAGGCCACAGGAAUGAUGCCUUCAUGACAGAGGAUGAGCGGCUCACCCCUCUCUGAAGGGCUGCUGUUCCGCUUCCCCAAGACACUCAACACUUGUUCUUUACAACUGCUGAGCAUCACACGUUAUCGAGGGCAGAUUAUACUUUUAGUUUCAUCAUCCUUCUUUCUUAAGAAAUUUUCAAUGGGUAUGACAAUGAAAGGCAAUCCUUUACACCCGUGAAGACCCUUGGAACCAUAAUCCACUCAAAAUAGUCUAAAAUAUUUCUCUGAGAACACAGUGUGUAAAUGUAGUCAUGUGGUGUUUAUAGUUAUUGAUUUAAAAAUGCAUUAGUAUUUCAGCAUUUCCAGAGAUAAGGCCAGGCUACGAUAUAAUAUAUAUAUAUUAUAUCUA